AUGCCUCCAUCAGGAUCUUGGUCUAACUCGGUCUUCUUGAACAUCUAUCAUUUGGUGGAAUGUAGCAAGAAGAAAUCACUAUCCCCGAAUGCAGGGCUAGUUUUUCCCUGGCUACUGUGGCAUAUAUGGAAAGCUAGGAACCUCUUUUGCUUUGAGUAUAAACGCCUGGACCAUGUCAAUGUGUUGGAUAAAGCCAUUAUGGAAGCUGAGGUUUGGAGAGAGAUUCAGGACCCCCACCGCUCUGAUGCAGUCCCAACUCGUGACCAUAACUCUAGCGCGUUUGGUUGGUCUAAACCCCCAGUUGGUUGGACCAAAUGCAAUGUUGCUUCUUCGCGGUCAAGCAGUUCAGUUAAUAGUGGUGGUGCUUGGGUUGUACGUAACAGUGAAGACAAGACACUUCUGCAUAGUAGAAGAUCCUUCUCAAAUGUGGUUAACCCACUUUUUGCAGACCUCUGCUCCAUGAGGUGGGUCAUUGAAUCUAUGCGUAGCCAUCAACUCGAUAGGAUCAUCAUUGAGACGUCAUCUUCCACCCUCAGAGAUGCUUUCCUCCAACUGUCUCCUCACUCCUCUACCAGUCCCCUGAUAGCAAAUAUCCUCUAUCUUCUUGAAGGAUUUGCAGAGUGGAGGGUGGAACAUGUGGCUCCGGUGUGUAAUAAAGUGGCGUCUUUGUUCGCUGAGAGUGUCACCAAGGAUCUACACUUUCAGUCAUACAUUGCCUCAGGAGGUCCCUCCUGGUUACGAAAUCUCUUAUGUCUAGAAGAAGGGAGCCCUCAUUAA